ACAAUAUUUAUUUUUAAAUGCUUCAUAGAGUCGUUCUGGCAAAUGUUCAAAAAAAUUAAUAAUUAGGUGAUUUGGGGAAGUACUUGGACUGAUCAGGAUUUUUUUUCCCCGCUGAAAAGGUGUAUGCGACAACAAACAGUCAGCAGUAUGGGCCGGCUUGAUGGGAAGGUCAUAUUGCUGUCUGCCGCAGCACAGGGGAUUGGACGAGCGGCUGCUAUAGCUUUUGCUAAAGAAGGAGCCAAAGUCAUUGCUACAGACAUCAAUGAGUCUAAGCUGCAAGAACUGGAGAAAUACCCAGGCAUUCAAAUACGGGUUCUGGAUGUCACCAAAAAGGAGCAGAUAGAAAAUCUGGCCAAGGAGAUUGAAAGGAUUGACGUCCUCUGUAACAUUGCAGGGUUUGUUCAUCAUGGAACCAUUCUGGACUGUGAAGAGCAAGACUGGAACUUCACUAUGAACCUCAAUGUUCGCAGCAUGUAUCUAAUGAUCAAGACGUUCCUUCCAAAGAUGCUUAAAGAGAAAUCUGGAAAUAUUAUAAACAUGUCUUCUGUGGCAUCCAGUAUUAAAGGAGUUGUGAACAGAUGUGUCUAUAGUACUUCAAAGGCAGCAGUUAUUGGUCUAACGAAGUCUGUGGCUGCUGAUUUCAUUGAACAAGGCAUUAGAUGCAACUGCGUAUGUCCUGGAACUGUUGACACACCGUCUUUACAGGGAAGAAUCCAAGCCCAGCCUAACCCAGAACAGGCAUUGAAGGACUUCCUAGCCAGACAGAAGACUGGUAGGAUGGCUACUGCUGAAGAAGUGGCCAACCUCUUUGUGUACUUGGCCUCUGAUGAAUCUGCCUACAUGACUGGUAAUAAACUAAUCAUCGAUGGAGGAUGGAGCUUGUGAUUGACCCUACCUGCAAAUGGAAAUUCAUGCUAUGAAAGGCAAAAAGUGAGAAUUAUGUUUCUCAGUUGAGAUAGCUUGCAGAGCUUUAGAUCACUCAUAUGAUAUCUCUCAGAACAAAUUUGGUGCAUUUUUACUGCUAUACAAUCUCUUUCUAGAUUGUUCUUACUGAUUCACUUUUUCCUGAACAGUGAAAGACUGGAGUAAAACGUACUUUGUGUGUCUGUAUUUUAUGAUAAAUCAAAAGCAUGAAAAAAUAGGAAUUUAACAUUUAAGAGGGUAAAGAAUAUUAUAUAAAGUACAAAAUCUUAGUGAAAAGAAUUAAAUACUAACUUUAUUCUCAUCCUGCAAAGUGUUUGGAAUUUAAAUAUUCACAAUUGGGUUUCCUACUGGCAUUGACAGACUAUCCAGGGAAAAUGGAGCGACUGCUUUUAAAUCAGACAAACAGAUCGUGAACAAAGUGCAGUUUAAACAGAACAAAGGAGAAAUAAUAGCAGAUUUGAACUUUUGAAUCAUUUUGUUAUUGGUAAUAGAUGUUUCCACGUUAGAAAAAAUAGUAGUUGUAAAGUGUACUUGAAAGCACAUUCUGCUUCACAAAUUACUUCUUGCUUUCUACUAUCAUUAGCCAAUUGCUUUAGAACUGUAGUAGCUGUAGAAAAAACAGUCUGAAUUAAUGAAAAGAAUACAUCCCAGUCCUGACAAUGCUUACAGAUCCAAAGGGGCAGUCGGUGCACGACAGUCAAACAUGCUCUAGAUACAUAGUGUAUGGGCAUAUGAAACAUCCUGCACAUCUAGUGAAAAAUCAGUGUAUGAGCACAGGUGGGGUGUGCAACAGCAAUGUCCAUCUUCCAAAACUCGGGCAAGUUAGGCUGUCGGAAUCUGGAGAAGCAGUAGAUCAUAACCCAAAAGGUAGGGCAAUAGAUAGGAGCCAGUUGGACUGGCCACUUUUUGGAGUUCAAAAGGUUCCUUUGUUUAAAUACAUAACGGUUAUAGGCACUGUCUUCAUGAAGCAGAAAUGUGGUAGAGGCACUUGCUCUAAUGGUUAAGACUAAAGCUUACAGCAUGUACAGAACACAGACAAUCACAUAUACUUUUACAAUAAAUCUGUUAGAAAAUGAGUAUGUUAACUUGUAGAGAAGUGGUCCUAGUGGGAGAAAUAGAGGCCAGGACUGUUUCAAUGGUAUAGAUUGCUCCUAAAAUAGUCUUGGAAGUCUUAUUACCAUAUUUAUUUUCUUUUCCUUCCAUGUACAGAAGGUAUUAUGCAUGGGCAUCACUCUGGUAGGUAUGGAUGGGGGUAGAUAUGGGAGAAAUAUUCUUAAAUACACCAGUGUAUCCCCAUGAAUACACUUGACUUCCAACACACAAACAAAAGGAGUGGAUUUUGCCACUGUAGAUAGAGCUGAUACAUUCCUCUUCAAAAGGAUGUGCUAAUAUUGGACAAAAAUUGUCACAUCUGUACGCCAGGUGCCAGGUUUUGAUUCUCAAGUACAAAUACCGUUCAUGCUAAAGCACAAGGCUGAGUUUCUUUGAAAAGGGCUGUCUCUACAAGAGUUUGUGUUGAUGUUUUAUUCUGAUAGCACGUGGUAGCUUUAAGAAUCAAAAAUAUGUUAUUACAAGGUCUUGUACUCUGAAAAAAAAACAUAGAUCCUGACCCAGACAGAUAAGGCAAUGAAUAACCUGAAUCCCAAAACUAUUUUUUUGCUAACAUACAGCUAAAAUUGACAUGAGUGACAUGGCCUGACUGCCUAUAAAUAUGGUUACCGUAAAAAAGCCUGCACACAGCUCCAUGUAACUAGUUUGUGAAUGAAGCUGUAUGCAAUUUCAUAUAUAUUCAUAUAUUUUAAAUAGAUAUAUAUGAGGGGGAAGGAAUGAAAGAAUAAACACUACUGUGUAUAAAUUGAUCAGUAAUCAAAGCACAGGGGAAAAUGUACAAUAUUUUAUGUGUGUUUCUGUAGUAACUGCCAUGUUUUUUAAAUUAUGGUUUAAGGGUUUCAAUACUAACUGAAACAUUGAUAUAAAUUAUUUGAUGUCAAAGAUAAUUCUAGUUAAAAUUGGGCUUAUUAUUUGUAAAAGUUACAUUUACAAUUUUAAAAU